CCCAAGAGUGUAAGGCAUAAUAAUUACUGGAUCGUCAUUUUGUUUUCAGUUUACAAGAACUGCGCUGAAGUCUACAAGUCCGGGGACAAGAUCAGUGGAGUGUACAAAAUCAACCCUGAUGGUUUGGGCGAAUUUGAAGUGUUCUGUGAUCAGAAAACUGCCGGUGGAGGUUGGACGGUGUUUCAGAAGAGGCGAGAUGGCUCUGUUGAUUUCUUCCGCGCUUGGGAUGAUUACAAACGCGGUUUUGGUAAUCUGAACGGUGAGUUCUGGCUCGGUUUGGACAAGAUACAUCGGCAGACUGUAAGCGGUGGUUAUAAACUUCGUAUCGACUUGGAAGACAUUCAUGAAAAAACUGCAUUUGCCGAGUACAGCUCCUUUUCUGUGACAAGCGAGAGAGCGAAAUAUCAACUGAGUUUGGGAAGUUAUUCAGGUUAGUUAACUUCCAUCGACUAAAACAAGAAUCAGUCGGCGAAAAAAAAAAUGCUGUGAAACAACGAAAAGAAAAGUUAGAGAGAAAAACAUUAUAAGCUAUUGUAGAUACUUAAUCGCAAUUGAUCGCAACUGGAAAGUGAUUUUUAUAUACAACGGCAAUUAACCUUCUUUGCAAUGUCAUAAUACUGAUUUUUUUUUCUUUCUUUAUCUUUUUUUUUUUGCUGUUUCAUAUCCAAUACCAAAAUAUAAUGGCGUUCAUUACAACUGUCUGUCACCGAUUGAUUGGAUUGCAGUUUAAUAUGCUAAGAGAGAGUCCAUCAUAGGACCUCAUGCAGUAGUUUCUGUGGACUUCAUUGUUGAAGCUCUGUUGACAGGAAACACUAAUAUCUCGAAAGCCUCAAAGACGAAACAACUCCACUUUUCCUUACAAUACAAAUUAAGGGAACAAUACCCUUGACAUGGACUCGCAUCAAAACUCAGCUCUCAUAUAUAGAGUUCAGAAGAUAUAGUAUUCUGGGCCGGGUUGUUCGAAGCUGGGUUAAGGUAACCCAGGGUUAGUGCGAAAUUUGAACUCAGAUAUGAGAGCUUCAAAAGCAAAUUCAGUUAAAUUCUGUUUGCCAACAAUUUGAUGACUGGAUACUCUAAAAAGAAUAGAGAAAAUUAUCCGAGAGAGUGCUUUGGAUAAAAAUAAAACGAACCCCGGGUUAAAAUUUAACCCGGGGCUAGCGCUAACCGGCGUUCGAACAACUGGGCCCAGAAUGUGAUAUCUAAAUUAACCCCUCCAAUGAUACAUAUGUAUGCUGCAGACAAAAUUAGAGUGAGUUAAGGAAAGUGAUACAGGAUUUUACUGCAUUUUUAGCCGCAACGCAAUCUCUACCAGUUUGUGCACACCACUGAGUUUGGUGAUUUAACUGAUAACAUGACUCUGUAAUAUUCCUUAUUUGUCAAUUUUAAUAUCUAAUCGUUCAGAAGUGUUUCGUCCGAUCUACAUAGGUACAUUAGCGUAGAAAUUAUUGUUGCAGAAAGUCCAAUUUACAGGAUGCAAAAACUCUACAAAAAACUAACCGAACACCUAUAUUUCGCAUUUUUUUCUUUUGAUAGGUACCGCUGGUGAUUCCCUUGGUUAUCAUCGUGGUAUGCCAUUUUCCACCAAGGAUCGUGAUAAUGACAAGUACAGCGGUGGAAACUGUGCCUUGAUUUAUACAGGCGCCUGGUGGCACAACAAUUGUCACCGGUCCAAUCUGAAUGGUCUGUACCUCAAUGGUAAGAACGACCCUAAAGGAAUGGACUGGCAACAUUGGAAAAAAGCUCACUACUCGGUCAAGAAGUCCGAGAUGAAGAUACGUCCAAAAGAUUUUUGA